UUAUCAACUGGACAUAAAAUAUUUGUUGAAAGUACUUUAACUUUUUAUGAUGAUAGUUGUCAUUUUUCUGGAUAACAAGUCAGCGUGAAAUAUUUGGAUACUAUUUUUCUAAGUGUUGUUGUUUUCUCAGUUUGGUAUUUAGACAUGUCUUCCAGGUCAUUCAGCAUUGAUGCUUUAUUAUCGAGAGAAAAAUCAACUACUGUGUCACCACCGAGUAUAACGAAACAUGACAAUUCUACGAAGAGUUCACCAGAAUCUAACUGCUCUAGUCGGUGUACCAGUCCAGAAUCUAGUUUGUCACCCAAUAGCGGACAUUCAACCAUUAUUCCUAGACCAGGAUUAUUAAACUCACAUCAGCAUCAAGCAAUGAUGCAAGCUAAUGCACUGCAAAUGCAGGGACUGAUGAAUGGACAUCAAUUUUAUGGACCAACAAUAGGUCAUAACGGUAUGCCAAUGUUUUCAGGUAGUGCGUUCCAUAGUCCUGCAGAACAUGCCUUGAAAAUGUCACAAGCUCAACAUAUCCAUCCCUACAUCAAUGAAUGGUUUGCAAGAGGUGGGAUGUUGAUGCCAAGAAUGAUGGACUAUGCUGCUCAGCAACAAUCAAAUCUUCUUGGAAAAACUCGUCGUCCUCGUACAGCAUUUACCAGCCAACAACUACUAGAACUGGAAAGACAAUUCAAGAUGAACAAAUACUUAUCAAGACCCAAACGGUUCGAAGUUGCCACCUCCCUCAUGUUAACAGAAACACAGGUAAAAAUCUGGUUCCAAAACAGACGAAUGAAGUGGAAAAGAAGCAAGAAGUCAACAAAUGAAGUCACGCGUAGACCGGAAGACGGUAAAAGGACUGAUAAAAACGAAAGCGAAAUUUCAAAUGAACAUAUUUCAGAAAAUAUGGACUUAUUUCAAAUGGACGAUGAGUCUGAUAUAGACAUAGAUGAUGUUGAUAGUGAUUCAAAUGAUGAACACCUAAUGACAAUGGACAACAUUUCAAAAACACAUUCAGAUCUCUUGCGCAUGACUGCAUCAGAUUUUCCGAUCAACCAAUACAAUAGUUUGUUACAGACUGGACCAGUGUCAACCUCGUGACAUCAUAACAUUAUACUUUACAAGAUGUCCAAUCUUUCCCACUACGGGCAUAGAUCACUUCUAAUGUCAGAAUGAACAAGUUUUUUGUCAGUAUGUAGCAAGAUAUCGGAAAACGUUACAAGUUGUUGAAAAUUCUUGUCUCUGAAUUAGAUAUAGUCUCAAAGAUUUUGGCAACAAGAUACAUAUACGUGAACUGUAAAUGUCAGUGAUCAUUGUAGACCUAUAAAAUUGCGUCCACAAAACCAUUGCCAUAUUCAUAGUGCUGUUGUUAUGUAAA